UGUCCUGGACGUUGACCAAUCAGACAGCUGCAUGUGGAAGGUCUCAGCCAAUGAUGGAGGCCUGGCCAGCAGCCUGGGUCCUACUUUUAACGCUAAUCGCUGAUUGGCUGGAAGCGGCUCAAUCGCGGGACUUCACUGUGAAGGACAUCAUCCUCCUCCAUCCAUCAACCACACCUCAUCCUGGAGGGUUCAAGUGCUUCACAUGUAAAGAUGCACCAGACAACUACGAAUGCAAUCGCUGGGCUCCGGACGUAUACUGCCCACGAGAGACCAGGUACUGCUACACCCUCCAUGUGUUGGACGUCCAGGGGAAGACAGUGUCUGUGACCAAACGCUGCGUGGCCCUGGCCCACUGUCUGUCUACAGGCUGCACCCAGGACAACCAUGAAGGAUACAAGGUCUGCACUGCUUGCUGUGAAGGAAACAUCUGUAACAUGCAGUUGCCAAGAAACAAGACAGACGCCAUCUUUUCCACCACCUCUCUCCUCCACAGCAGUAACGGUCUACUCACACACUACUGGCUGCUCACUGGCUGUCUGAGCUCUACCGUCAUCAGCGUCAUGCUAUCCAACAGUCUAUGACAUCUAACACUCCUACAGUCAUCAGCAUCAUGCUAUCCAACAGUCUAUGACAUCUAACACUCCAACAGUCAUCAGCAUCAUGACAUCUAACACUCCAACAGUCAUCAGCAUCAUGACAUUUAACACUCCUACAGUCAUCAGCAUCAUGACAUCUAACACUCCAACAGUCAUCAGCAUCAUGCUAUCCAACAGUCUAUGACAUCUAACACUCCUACAGUCAUCAGCAUCAUGACAUCUA